ACGAGUAGUGAUGCGGUGUGGGUAAACUCAAUUUCGUGCCCACUCCAAUGGUGACUCGACUCACCUCAUUUCUUGCCAGGAAAACUUCGGGAUUUACUGCUAUUAUUUUCGUGAAAGGGGAGGAAGUCUCGACUGGGAGCAUUAAUCAGACUCUGUUUUGUGUGAUUUGAGUGAAAUUUUCACCCAAAAUGUCGCUCGAAAGGACAGAACGCAAGGGUUCUCAGGUAGUGCAUGUUCGGGACGGAAGUGACCAAGCAUUCGAGGAAUUGUUUAAAGUUGUGAUAAACCCUCCAGAAGAUCCCACAAAACCAUCGCCAGUCCCUCUUCGGAUGAGAAACUUGCCCGCUUCUUUCUUCCAACAACCAGAUAGUCAGAAGAACAUUGUCGAUGGAGACAUUUCAGGGUACCCGUCCCCUCCGAACUCAGUCGCAGGAAUGGCCAUAGCUCACAGUCGGGCCCAUUCCUCCCCUGCAAGUUUGCAGCAGACGCUUAGCGCGGCUCCACCUCUACCCCCUCAACACAUGCGACAGCACAGUUACGACCUAGUGACAGAUGAUCAACCCUUACCCCCUGGCUGGGACAUUGCUAAAACAUCGAUCGGACAAAGGUACUUUUUGAACCAUUUGUCUCAGACUACAACAUGGCAAGACCCACGCAAGUCUGUCAGCACCAACAACCUCAACAAGCAGCAACAGCAGCAGCAGCAGCAGCAAUCGGGUCAGCCACCCCAGCCACCGAGUAGCCCCUCGCAGUCCCAGCAAACCAUAGAUAGCACCCCCCUCCCCCAGGGCUGGGAGAGGGCGUACACAGCAGAGGGAGAGGUCUACUAUAUCAACCACCUCAGCCGGACAACGAGCUGGUUCCAUCCAAAUAUACCAGCUGCACAUCUACAACGUCCGGGGAUGAGGUUACAGCAGCAAAUGGGGAAUCCUCGGCCAUCUCAGCCGAUGUCACCCAGUCAGCGACCGAUGACACCAGAGGAACAGCAGCGUCAGAUGAAACUACAUCAUCUACAGCGCGAAAAGGAGAGGUUGAAGCAGAGGCAGGACGAGAUUGCUCGUCAGGAAAUGAUGAUUCGUGCCAACCUCGCUGGUAACCCUGAAGCUCAACAGCAGCAGCAACAGAUACAGUCUCAGACACCAAAACUGGUGCAAGCAAAUGAGAUGACAUCGGUCACUGACCCUUUCCUCGGCCAGACGGGGACGUCGGACCUUCACUCCCGACAAGAAAGUGCUGACAGUGGCCUUGGUGGGAUGGGCACAAACUACAGCCUACCUAGAACUCCUGAAGAUUUCCUGAGCAUGGAAGACAUGGACACACAAGAUGGGGGCCCUAAACUGUCUGGACAGGGAGAUUUUGGCAGUAUAGAUAUGACCCCAAUGGGCAGUGUAGAUGGCAGUAGUGAUGCCACAAACAUGGACAGCGACGACUUGGUGCCUAGUUUACAGGAGGACAUCAGCAAUGACCUGUUGAAGGAUGUUGAAACUGUGCUAAGCUCGAACAAAAUGGAUAAUUUGUUAACAUGGUUGUGAAAUGUGACCAGAGGGACAUGGUGUUGCCAUGACAACUGAGCAAGCCAGACAGUUCAAGGUUAAUGUCUGGUUUUUGUGGAAAUGGAACUUCAUCGGAGCAGUGCUGUUUGAUUUUCAUGGAUUCCAUAAUGUCGGAGAAGUGACAUUUAUACAAAAUGUAGUUUUAUAAAAUAUUAAGACAUAUGUAUUUUCAAAAAAUUUAAUAUCAGGGAAAAGCUCAAAGUACUAGUUUCGUAGUUUAUUUUGUAUUUUCAAUGGAAAAAUACAAAAAAAUAAAAUAUUAAUUUUGUAACAAGAUCAGGAGAAAUAUCAAUAUUAAUGAUUACUAUUCCAAUCCCAAGAUUCUAUAUUUUCAGGGCAAAGGGAGACAACUGGGGUUGGGUAGCGGGAGGGAAUCACUUUCAGCCUUCAUGUAUUGUCACCGAAUAUUUAUAGUAGAAUAGCCAUCUGCAUAGGAAGCCCAUCUAAUGAUGCCACACUUAGCAUGGUGAUGUCAUCAUGAUGCCACACUUUUGCAUUGUGAUGUCAUCAUGAUGCCACACUUUUGCAUUGUGAUGUCAUCAUGAUGCCACACUUUUGCAUCAUGAUGUCAUCAUGAUGCCACACAUUGCAUUGUGAUGUCAUCAUGAUGUCAUUGUUUUGGUUGUGAUGUCAUCACGAUGUCACAGUUUUGGUUGUGAUGUCAUGUCACAUACAGCAUUAUGAUGUCAUCAUGAUGUCAUAUUGCAUUGUGACAUCAUGAUGUCUCAGCGAUGGCAUUGUGAUGUUCUCAUUACUUCAUUUAUUUGAAAGGUUUUAAUCAUGUACUGGUGUGCAGGCACAAUCAUGCAUGAAGUAUUAGUGUUUCUAGGCCUCAAUAUACGUAUUUAAGUACGAGGUAUGAUUUGCUGUUUUUAUUAAGGGCCUGCCCGCCUUUUUGCAAGUGACUUUUUGUGAGAUUUUAUAUUAGGUUCCAUUGUUAACAGUGUCGUUUCCAUUUACAUAAUGUUUUUUACCCCCUACCCCCACCCGAGGAGCUUGUGAACUUGGCUUUUCUCCACCCUCCCUCCUGUGUAUAUCCCUCCCUCCCCCGUAGUGUUAUAAUUGGACCAUCUUUCACUAUAGUGGAAGAUCAUAGCUUAGCAAGCAUUGGUAGUUACCUUAAACAUGGAUGUACAUUAUCAAUGGAAAAUUCCAACAUUUUACUAUGCAAUAUUUGAGAUAAUUGGUAUUUAUUACUAAGACUGGAUUGAUCAGUGUAUUAUUGUGUAAAGACAAAAAUAUGGAGUGCUGUACUGUCUUUUUGCCUUAUAAGUAUUGAAGAAGUGAUUCUGCUGCCGGAGACUGCGAGCUAGCUCAGAGGGGUCGCUUCGGCCCCUGGCGUGUUUAGACCACCUCCUUGUGGUUGGUGGUCAAUAUGAGAGAACCUUGUUGUUGUUAUGUUACGUAGUGUCGAGUUGGUGAGACUACGGCCGUCCUGUAAGCCAGCAAUAAUUUGCUGAUAAAGCACCGCAUCUGCUGUAUGACCUUGACCUUGUCAGGUCACAAGUGUGACCUUGACCUUGGUAAUGGUUGUUAUAUAUUGUCCUAGAAACAUGAGGCACAUGUGACCUUCACCUUGUCACGACGACGCGGUUGUGACCUUCACCUUGUCACGACGCGGUUGUGACCUUGACAUUGUCAAGGCACCAAGAGCAUCAACUCCCAAAAUGCAGUGCUGCAAAGAAAGCAGCUCAAGUCUUCCCCUCAGUAUAAGCGAUGAAACUGAAGGCGCCCCAAGUGCUGUACGUAAAGCCUUCAUAAAUACUGCAUGGGGGGCAAGCAAGUUCCUGUCCUCUGUACAUUCUUCUAGAAAUGUGUCGACGUGGGAUUGAAGAUGCUAGUGAUUGUGAAAUUGUGAUGUCGUGUUCCUAGUGUACUGAAAUUUAUUCAAGUGUUUAAGAGUUUUUAUUUUCGUACUGUCAUGCAAUACUGCCGUGUUGCCUUCUGUCUCCAGAGACAAAUUAUUUUUUUGUGAACAUGAAUUUUUUAUCACAAUGUUCGAUACCUUCAUCAUUUGAAACGUUUUAAGCAAUGCGUUACAUAUACAUUCCAGAUUCGUCAUCACCAGUACUCAAACAAUUGCUUUGUACUUUCUGACAAAAUGCAAACUGUAACGAUUCCGUUCUACAAGUGACAGAAAACCAAACAUUUAUUUUCAAGUUAUGCAAAUGCUUUUUUGUUACUGUUACCAUGGUUACUGUUAAACACCACUUUCUGCAUUAGUUCAAUAUUAUUGCUGAUGAUGCAUUGUGGGAAAGUGCCCACUGUAGCCUUUACGUGUAUUGAUGAUAUUACCCAUAUAACUAAUAUUUACUUCGACUGUUGUUACUCCUUUUUACAUAUUAGAUUGACUUUUAAUGUGUUGAUCAUUGAAUAUGCAAAAAAAUACCCUAGUGCAUUAUGCCUGUACUGAAAUAUUGACUUAAUACAAAUAUGCAUGCUAUCUUCAACAAGUGUCGAUGUGGUUUAGCUGCAUGGUCGUAACGGGCCGCCCCAGAAGGAUGGAAGUGCUGUUGUAAUCUGAAAUGUUGUCUUCAGUGUCGGAGACAGAUGUUCUUGAUCUUUGACUGAAUGGUUUUUCAAGAGUAGCUCGUCCUGGCCAAAACGUCCACCACUAAUUGUGUUGACUUAAUAGAUCGAACUUUUCUCGACCUCCACUAAUUUCGCAAAGUUCAUCUGACCUUAAGUUAAACCUGAAUAGAUAGAAGACGUACCUUGUCUCCCAGAACUAGUUGUUUAGUUUCAACCCAGACGAGCUCGCUAUGUGGUUUUGUUAAAAAAUAAAAUCAUCAAAAUUAAUUUUUAAUAAAAAAUAAAAAAUUUGUUAUAUCAUUUGUUGCCAUAGAAACAGUUCCUGCAUUUAUCGACAUAAAUGGCAUGAUUGAUCAAAGCAUUGAACUUUAUCCUUUGAUACCCAAUGCAGCAUUAUCUAUCUCCCCAUGCAUAUCGUCACCUAGGCAACCAUAGAAAUUGUUUUCUGACACUGAAGUUACAGCAGAAGGAAACUGUCCAGUACAUCACUGACAGGGUAACAUACUGCUGCACCCCCUAAACCUGAAAUGGGCAUCACCUUCUCAAAGAGAUGGGCAGGCUCAUUGAGGCUGAGAGGGGUGUCAGGGUCUUUUGUUUGCUGUUAUUUCUUGAAAGUAAGCGUCCUCCACUAAUCGAUCAUUGUUCAUUUUGGCAUAUUUGUUCUUCCAUUGUUUAUUUUAUUUUUUUUACUAUACCUUGAGAUACGAAUACCUUCCCAGGUUCCAAGUAUUUUAAGUCAGUUGAAGUGUAAAUAGUUUUGUUAAUUGUACAUAGAUCUCAGUGACUGAAAUAAGGAAAAAACAUCACAAAAUUCAUAGCCCAAAAAUAAUCAUGAAAAUUUUAUCAUUGUCUCUAAUCAGUUGUAACCCAAUAUCGGGUGCAAAAAAUAAAAUGAAAUAAAAAUAUUAAAACUG